AUGGCUGCUCCGGCUUUCGAUGAUGACUUGUUCGACUUCACAGGCGCUGCAUUAUCGGAGGACGAGAGCGCCGGCGGCGCUUCGCUUGCUGACGGCGACCAUGACGACGCUGGCGCAGCGAAUGAGGUUCCGGGCGACGCGGGCGAGGAAGCUCCAAGUCCUGCGCCUGCUCGGAGGAAAAGGGGAUCUCGAGGCGGGUCCAGCUCCGGGGCUCAGUCUUCUGAGAAGAGAUGGCGAUCCGGAGCGAUUCCUCAAGCUCCUGGCUUCGACGGAGACGUGGAACGGAACCCUUACUGUCUUCGUCACUACAGAAGGCGGUUGAUGAGAUGGGUCCGUAUCACAAGAGAUUUCCUGCCACCAGGGGAACAAGCUUUGAGAGCUCUUGAACAACUAUCCGGCGAGGCUGAAUUGGAGUUCGAGGAGGUGGCCGAUGACCGCUUCGACAAUGAGCAAGGCAUUCAGCGACUCCUUAGUGAUUUGGAGUCAGCGUUUGGCGAGCGGGAGAUGUUCAGGCAGGGAGGCGUGAUCCGGGAGUUCGAGAACAUAGGCCGGCUUCAAGGUGAGAGUGUGACAGCCUUUGUGAGAAGGUUUCAGCUUCUUGAGCGCAAGCUUCAGGACAGUCGUGUGCCCUCUUACCCUGAAGCCGCCCGUACUGUGAAACUCCUUGACGGUCUUAAGCUUGAUGAACGCUCCACUGCCUCGCUCCUGCUGGCUGCCGGCAACAAAUACCAGAUGAAACCGAUCCUGGAGGCCAUCCGGAUUCAGUAUCCGCCAGGCAUGACCAUCACGGGUGUGCCUCGUGGACUUUCAACCUUGGGCUCGAGAACAAGCCGAGCUUCUUCGAGCAGGGCGUCUAGCUAUCGCUCGUCUUCUACUGCAGUGACUCGCAGUGCAGGUCGCUCGGGCAGGACUCGAAAGUGGAGUCAGUGGAACACCGACUGGCAGGACGGCAUUCCCGAAGGCGAAGAAGAUGAGCCGGAGAACGAGGAGACGCAGGAGGCCUACCAGGGCGAGGAGAUUGAUGAGUAUGAGCCCAAUGAGGAGCCCGAUUACCAGGAUGAUGAAGAGGAGGAGCUUGUCCCCGAGACCGAGAACGUCGCUCCUGCCGGCGACGAUGGCGAGGUUUCGGCCCUGAUCGCGGCGGCUGAGGCUUUAACGGUGACGUCGCGCAAGCUUGCCGGGCUCGUCCAGUCACGGGGCUACUACCAGAGCGGAGAUGGAAAAGGCAAGGGCAAGCCUCCAGGUGACAAGGGCAAAGGCAAGUCCAGUCGAGCGAAAGGCAAAGGCAGGGGCAAGUCGCAGGGCAAGUCUACUGACAAGGGCAAGAACUCCUCCAAGGGAAAGAACUCGGGCAAGGGAGGCAACUCCGCUGAGCGGCAGCAGAGGCUUCGCGGUUCGCUUUGCAUGGGCUGCGGAGCGGCUGACCACUGGAUUCGAGAUUGUCCCAACGUUUCGAUGCACCAGGCUCACAUCGCCACGGCCGACGUACAGCUUGAUCCCGAAGGGAUCCCCGUGUCCGAGACCUGGAUGACUCUCGUCACCGACAGCGACAGCGAGACGGAAAACAUCAUUGAGUACCAAGUGCCACGACCACCCUCUAUCAUGCUCAGUUCGUGUGAUGAUGCUUCGUACUUGAUUGCAGACACGGGUUGCCAGAGGCAAGUUGCAGGGUGCAAGUGGCAUGUUCAGCGACAGCAUGAGUUGCAGUUGGUGCCCAUGAAGUCUCCCGAGGUAUGUCGGUUCAGUUUCGGGCCAAACAAAGGCGUACCAAGUAUGGGCAGGUGGUUGUAUCCGGCUGGGAUCGCGGGUGAGUUGGUGAUGCUUGGGGUCAGUGAGGUGAAUGUUGAUGCGCCUGGUCUCCUUUCGAGGCCAGCUAUGGAGGCACUUGGGGCAGUUCCGGACUUGCUGGAAGGACGUAUCACCUUCAAAGCCCUGGGUGGCAAGUCAACCAAGCUUUACCUCAGUCCAUGUCGUCAUCUAGCACUUAAGAUUGAUGAGUGGCCGGAAGGUGAGUGCGACGUUCAAGCAGUCCAGAACAGUGUCAAGCUUGGCAAGCAAGGUCUUCCUGACGUGGCACACCCGAAUGCUUAUCCUCCCGAGCGUGUCAGGCUUGAAGUGAUCGGAAAUUCGAGAGUAGCCAAGGCACCCCCAGAUGCCCUCCAAGAGCAAAUCCGAACCUCCAGCAUGGCUCCUUCGCUGGCGCGAUCUUCUGCGGCGAUGGCAGCUUCAUCGGGCCUCCAGCUGAACAAGUACCCUCGGGAUGCCAGUCGCUGCGACCACACGGGAGGAGCCGGGACAAGAGUUUAUGGGGCCGCUGGGAUUCGCAUCCGGAUCUGCGACAACUGCGGUUCGAGAUGGGUGUUGACGCCCGCCGGCGACGCCAUGGAAGUGGCCCCGAAGGCGAAUCCCAAUGCCAAGACACCGUUGGGUUUGACAGAUGCUCAGCGACAACGGGUGGUGCCUCCAAAGGCGAAAGCAAGCUCGACUACGGCAAGCCGGGCAAACGUCGGCCCCUCGGCAAAAUCGUCACAGCCCUCGUCGGGCUACUGGCAGGGGCCGUCGCUGGGCACGGUGUCAAUGGCCAAGGCACCUCCGCCGCCGCCUUCGACGAACACUAUGAUUCCGAGUCGGACUCCGGCCCUGUUCAGGCUGAGUGGUCAAAGGAGAAUGCCACACAGGCAAUGGCAUGCAUCCACCCCGGCCAGUUCGGACACGGACGCGAUGAGUGUGACGUCCCGCCGAUCGCGGACGGAGGAUGGCACCCAACCGGCAUGGCAAAGGGUGCAGUACACGGACGGCACCUACAUGACCCAGGCCGAGGUGGACGAGAUCCUCAUGUCCCAGAACAACGACAUCAACUUGCAGGAGGAGCGUAUGGCUCGCGACGACUGGGCCGAGGACCAGAUCGACGACCUCCCGGCCGAGAUGCGAAGGGCUCCCCCGAUCUACCUCUGGGACCUGACGAUCGUGGCCGUCUACAAGGCCAGGACACAGGCCAGCCGACUGCUACGCCGACAUGGGACCGACCUCUUGGAGAUCUAUGAGGGAGACACCACGAUCUCCGAGGCGGCCGUUGCAGCUGGUCUACGUGUCGUGCAGCCACUAAGUCUGUGGACGGUCAAGCAGGCCAACUUGAAGCACCUCGAGAAGAUGCUGCUUAAGCGGCUGCCCUACGUGAUCGUUUGGCGCCGAGGUGGAGAGACUGUAAAUGAGCACGAGCCCCCGAACGUGAGUGAGUCGGAGACUGCGGUGCUCCAGUUGAUCCUCAACCUCUAUAACGAGGGCGUGCACUUUGUGAUCGGCUGCAGCGGUCAGAGCGAAUUCUGGGAGGCACCGUGCAACAAGAAACUUCGAGGUUUGCCCGGUGUCCAUCUCGUUCGCACCAAGCAGCGCGGCACUUGGCUCAGCAGUCUCGAGAUCAUGAUACAACCCGUCGAGGCCUGCGACCAGUUGACUUUAUCUACUACAACUGCCGAAAUCGUGAAUGGAAUAUGGCACCGUUUAGCCCUGGCGGGAGAUGAAAGAUGGGGGCGCCAUACCGAGGAGGUCACAUCACUUCCGGGAUCUUCGCAAGCUUGGACCUCCGGGAUCAAUCGUGAUGAUGUCUCGGAGGAGUUUAUGUUGAUGUGGGAGCCUCCGGGAGAGAUAGAGCACGAUGUCUGGUUUCUUGAUAUCAAUCGUCACCAGGAGUCCUGGCGACCCCUGCUACAGGAGGCCGAGAAGCGACUCCGCGGCCUUACGACUUCUUCUGUGACCUUGAAGGCUUCGCCCUUUAUGGAGCAGGUCAAGGCCUUGGUUCCCUGGGACAUCAAGAAAGUCCAGCUCUUCCGGGCCCCAAAGCAAAGGCGACUUCCUCAGGACGUGCUCAACGAAGGCUGGCAACAUCGAGGUGCAGCUCUCAUGUACAACAAUGAGACCAUCGCCCUCGAAGCUGAGGCCAUCUCCACCAUCAUUAACUCUCCCACAGGGAAAUACAGCACACCAGUGCGUAUCGGCAUCUACUUCUACGGAAACGCGCCGGCCACCUCUCUAAACCCUGAAGAGAACCAGCAGCCUGAGGCCGCCAAGAAGACCAAUGAUGCGGUUGUGCUUCCAGACAAGGAGGACCAGAUGUUACCCGGGCAUCCCGGCUACAAAGACAUCAAUUUUCCAGGCUCGGAUGCACCUACAUGGGUACACCAAGUACUACGGAGGAUGCACACCAACCUCGGACAUCCUCCCAAAGAAGUGCUUGUCAGGCAGUUGGUGACCGCCGGUGCUUCGGAGACUGCCGUGCGAGCUGCCCGGCAUCUUCGGUGCGAGACCUGUCUUCGUGUCAGUCCCCCAUAUCAGCCAAGGACGACUAAAGCCGUGCAGGCCCGCCGCUUCAAUGACAGAGUGUGCAUGGACAUUGUCUAUGUCAAGGACAUCCGCGGCGGCCCCCACAUGUUCUUAAACUUGGUGGAUGAUGGCACGGUCUAUCAGGCCGUCACAAGGCUUGUGAAUCGCAGCGAAGAGUCCGUGGUCACGGCCCUGGUCAAUGGUUGGUUCACUUACUUCGGACCCCCUGAUGAGUUGGCCAUCGACGCUGAGGGAGCCUUCCGAGGCAUGCGGUUCGAGAUGUUGAAUGCCCAGCUGAACAUCUCCGUUCGCUGUGUACCACCGGACAGCCACUGGCAGCUUGGCAAGGCCGAGCGUCACGGCCAGGCACUGAAGUACAACGUGGCGCGGCUUAUUCAUCAGUUCGCUGCGCUUACGCCGGCCGAGGUGAACGUUUGUGUGCUUAUGGCUUGCUAUGCAAAGAACCGACUGGUCAGGCGCAGCGGAUCAAGUCCGAAUCAGUGGGUGUUUGGCAGGGAUCCGAAACUUCCUGCCUCACUUUUGUCGGAUGGCGGCAGCAUUGAGUCUGCCCAGCUUACCAGCGAUUCUGAUCGUCUGAUGCAACUGGAAGCCAUUCGUACUGAAGCCCUCAUGAACCACCAUCGCUAUGAGGCCCACGAAUCCCUGCGUGCAGCUUUGCUCCGCAACAGUCGGCCCUACCGGGGAACCUUCGAACCUGGACAAAAGGUGGCUUACUUCCGCAAGUCCACCCAAACAGGCGACGGCGAGGGCUCUAUCGAGGGAUACCGUCAAGGCAUUGUCCUGGCCCUCGAUCGCAACCCCUCCUCGAAUGUGGUAGCGAACAUAUGGAUCCGCAACUCUCGAGGCCGCAUCGUUCAAUGCUCGCCUGAACAAUGCCGUCCCAUCGCUGGCGAGCAAGAAUGGUGGGUUCCCGAUGCGCAGGACUUGGAGGUCUUGAAAAACUGUGACGAGGAUUUGCGGAUUCACCCGCGAGCUUUUCGAGUUCCCGACGACCGUCCUAGUCCUGCUGAUGACAAGCGUCUCUUAGACAAGGCGGCCGAGAAAGAUGGUGAAACGAAAGCGACCGAUGCAUUCGAUCUUGGCUCUCCUGUGCCCGCUACUCCUGUGGCGCCGGGUACACCUUCGCUGUUGGCACCUCGACCUGCGCCUUUUCUUCUUGAUGAACAGGAUCGCAUUCUGCCCCUGGCACACCGCGAGCACGGGCGAGAUCGAGGUCUAUCACCCGAACGACGGCUACGGCGGGAGUACCAGAUCGUGCUGAACCACUCGAACAGGAUCCACGCAGAUUUCGCAACCGUCUGGUCCUUUGCAGAGCGUGACACUGCGAGAGGCAUCAAGAGACCUUCCGAUGUUGCUGUUGGAGAAUUGGGCUGCGGCGAGCAGUACCGAGUUUUUCCCAAGGAGUGUCCACGGUGUGGCAGUGUCCACUCGGUGUCGAACCCGCUGGAUGUUGUCUCAUGGCUCGACGAGGUGAAGGAGAGGGAGGCCUUUGACCAGAUCGUGGGAGUCCCGCUUCGCCGGGAUGAGUUUGUGCCUCCUGACGAGAAGACCAACGAGAUUGACUACUACCAGACACCUCCGUCUACGCUCCUCUCUACAACCACGAUUUCGAGGCCAGGUAUGCACCGCCUGGAUGUUCUUCGACGUCACGGUCGAGGCGGCCACCUUCGACACGGAUGGGACGGAUCACCGUCCGAGGUGCAGCUUUUUCACAGUGAUGCUUUCCUCACUGCUGCGCAUUUGGCUGGAGCUGACCAACCGGAAACACCGGAACUGCAGGUACAAGAUCAUCAGGCCCUGCUCUCCAGCUCUAGGCCCACUUCCUCUACUACUUCUCUUUCGGAAGGCCUGGCCAAGAUCCUGCUGAAACGCAAGGACUUCGACCACGACUCGUGCCACCAACUCUUGGAGGUGGUCAAGCUCCGAAAACCCGGCCGACAGUGUCUUUCGUCGAACCGGGCACGCUCCGGGACUUUGACUCUCGGCUACUACAGCCACGGCAAGCAGCUCGGAUUCACCAACGACACCAUGCACCACAAGCACCUGGCUAGGUACCUUGGGCGAUAUCUUCGACACCACGGUAUGAAGGGCGACAUCAGCAGCCUCUUCAUUGCGUGCAACGUCCACAGCGACUUAUGGGUUGAAGCCGAGGCGCACGAUUGUAAGUACCAUCUCAUGCAAGAGCGAAGGGUGCAUGGUCGGCGUAAACUUGGCUACUUGCUGGAUACCCGCCGACGACUCCAGUCCUUCUAUCCGCACCUCUACCACGGCUCCGACGACUUCACCGGCAACCGCUUCGUCAUCACGGCGUAUCAGACCCGUCUUGUCGACAAGGCCCCUGAGGAGCAUCUGAGUAUCCUCCGGGAGAUGGGUUUUCGUUCGAAAAGGACGGCGGCUUCUGCCGAUGUGCUGAACACCGAUGCCGCUGCAAAAGCGCCGGAGGAGACGUUUCGGGAGUAUGUCACCGUGCUCGAGGCCUAUCCGGUGAAGGAGCAGUCCAGCUCGGCGGGCGACACAGAGCGUGUAGUCGCUCUGGAAUCCUCCAGCGAGGAGGAAGGUCACGACGGGUCGUUUGAGACAAGACGAGCCGAGCUCCAAGCCCGGAAGAAGGAAAUUCACUGGCGAAGCUUGACCGAAGAAGAAGUUCCCUGCUUUGUGGAGGCGGUGCAGAAGGAAUGGUCCGAGUGGCAGAGAUGGUCAUCAUGCAAGGCUGUUCAAGUGCGAGAAGGCGAGGUACCCUCGCACCUCAUCCUGAAGUCUCGUCUGUGCUAUCGCUGGAAGCCGGUGCCCGAGGGACAACGCGCAAAAGCGCGGAUAGUUAUAGCUGGCUUUCGAGACCCCCACCUGGCCAUUCUGACACGUGAUGCACCGGUUCUGGCACGGGAACCUGAUACGGAGCGUCCUGAGCAAAUCUUCAUGCGCGCUCCAGCCGACCCCAUUGCUCUUCAAGCGAAUCCGGAGUGGCGCUGCAAGACCUUGCUCUACAAGCUGUCCGCGCCGGUCUAUGGGCAGAGCAACGCUCCGAGAAGAUGGUACGAUCACUUCUCCAAGGUGAUGCGGAAACUGGGUUGGACACAGCACAGUUUGGACCCGUGCUUGUUCCUUUGGCGAGUUGGUUCACAAAUUGGAGCAGUGCUGGGGCUACAUGUCGAUGAUCUGAUUGCGGCAGCCCUUACCGAGUAUGAGGAGGUGCUGAACAAGGUUGAGGCUAGCUUCACCUGGGGUUCGCCAUGGGUUUCGGAGGAGUUCACCUUCAUUGGCCGAAAGGUGAAACAACACCCCGAUGGCUCGGUGACGAUCGACCAAUCCACCUACGUCGGAGACAUCCCCACUACGAAAGUAAAGCUGCCGGAGGACACCUUGCUUAGCCUGCACCCCUCCUUGGUGACAGAGUUUAGGUCAGGCAUUGGCUCCUUGCAAUGGUUGUCAAGUACGACUCGAGGAGACGUGGCGGCGGAUAUGGCAGAUCUUCGGGAAGUGAACAGCGUCCUCCGCUACGUCAAGGCGACCCCGGAGGCCAUGGUCCGCAUCGUCCACGUGCCGCUCGAGUCCCUUAUCUUCGUAGCCUACGGCGACAGUGGCUUCGCGAAUGCGCCGAACAACAAGAGCCAGGGCGGACUGGUGAUUGUGGCGACCGACCGCUGUGCUCUCCGUGAACCGUGCGAAGCGUCGUUGCUGGAGUGGAAGAGCUACCGGCACCAACGGGUGCUGCGCAGCACUCUGGCUGCGGAAGCCUCGGCCCUGGAUCGUUCCCACGAUCAUGCGAGGUUCAUGGCCAUGGUCUUCUCGGAGAUGGUCUAUGGCGACUACAUUGCUACCGUGAACGAGAGGGCCAAGCAUGAGGUCGUUCCCGUGACGGACGCUCGCAGUUUAUGGGAUGCCGUGCACAGGCUUUCUACGAGCUUCACGGAGAAGCGUGUCGAGAUCGACGUGGCUGCUCUUCGUCAGACAUGCCAGGGCUUGAGAUGGGUGCCGACUGAGCAGAUGCACGCCGAUUGUAUGACAAAGAGGUCGCGAAGCCUACGAGAUGAUUUUAGACAAUGGAUGGCCCAACCGAUGGUCACGUUAGUCGACAGCAAGUCCUCAAAGGAUGUUGCAGUAGGCUCCGAAGCUAACGUCGCAUGGCGGAAGGACUGA